AUGACAGACCCCACAUCGUCGCCAUUCGUUGAGUCACCAUCUGCUCUGAAUAGCUUUCUCAAAAACUAUGCUGCAGAAACUUCAAAGCUUGACUCUAAGCUUUACCUAUCCAAACUCGAAUUCGAGAUAAAAUCAUUCAAGACUGAGAAAGAAUUAUGGGCUAAAGAGAAAGCCACGAUUGCAUCAAAGUACGAGGAAACCAUCAAACAAAAAAACAAGGAAUUAGAAGAGCUCAAGCUAAACAUGGAAUUUGUAUAUAAAGAAAAUGAACAGUUGAGCUCCAAAAUUGACAACUCGAAUGAUACCUCGCAAGCUCAAUUGAAUGAGUUGAAUGAAAAAUACAAGCAAUUGAGAUCUAGGAAUAGCAAAUUGGAGUCUGAUUACCGCAGCCUAGUUGAUAAAAAUGACAGGUUGAUCAGAAAACACAAGCAAGUGACUGCCGAUUGGAAUUCUCAAAUAAAAAUCAAUGACGAGUUGAGCAACGAAUUGAAGAAUCGUGAUCAAACCAUACAGACAUUGCAGGAAUCAAACGAACGACUUGUCUCCGAGCAAGAGCAAUACAGCCAGCUUUUCAAGAAUGACGAGUCAGUGUUUAAGAAUAAUCAGAUCUUAAUGAGCAAAAAUGCAAGCUUACAGAAAACAAACAACCAACUACAACUUCGAAUUGAUCAGCUUUUACAAAAACAGACAUCUAUAGAAUUGUUGAAACAGAAAAACAUGAGUUUGGUUAAGGUUCAGGACCAACUUGAGGAGCUCAAGUGUAAGUAUCAAAAAUUGGAAGUGGAAAAGCUAGAGCUAGAAACAAAAUACAACGAUUACUUCCGAACCUUGGAAAGGACUAUUGUUGAUGAUGAUGAUGAUGAUGAUGGUGGGUAUGACCCGGAAGAUCUCGACGUUACAAAGUUCUUGAAGGUGCAAAAUUUCAUAAACAAAUUUAGACAGCUUCAGGCACAAAAUUUAGCACUAAAGGAAAAAUACAAUUUCAAAACGAUUGAGUCAAACGAAUUGAAACAAGAACUAGAGGACGUAUCGAGACUGAUAGAAGAAGAGUAUUUACCAAUAAUACAAAAAGGUCAAGCAAAAAAUGAGAUUUCGUCCAAUCGAAUAAUAGAAUUAGAAAGAGAGAAAACCUUGCUUACAGCUGAAGUUGCACAUUUGAGAAAACUGUUGAAGGAUUUGGAAGAAAUUUUGAAUUCCAGAGAUGAGUCUAAGCAUCAAGAUAAAACUAUGCAACAAUAUAUUACGAACUUGGAGAACUUGGUUGAUCAAUACAAACGGAAACUAGACGAGCAAACUCGAAAUUCGGGCACCAGCGCCUUGCAGAUUGGCGAGAAAAGACAACGUACUGAGGGCAAAAGCUUUCGCCAUACUGCAGAAGAUUUAGAAAAGCAAAACGUGCAGUUGUUGUCUACUAUCAAAAACUUGGAGCUUUUGAACUCCGAAUUAAAACAAAAGCUAGCGUCAUUGGAAAUCAUUCAUGAAAAGCAAGAGUCGGUCAAAGUUCUUGAAUUGAAGAAUAAUUUAUUAUCUAAGGACCAGUUUGUGAAGCGAGCAACUCUCGAUGCUCUUCGAGCCGAAAAUGAUGCUUUGAUUGGAAAGUACGUUAGCCAUCGUCCAAGCACUGACCUCGUUCCUAAAGCUCUUUUUGCAAGACAGGAGGACGAUAAGGCAGCGCUACAGUCACAAGUGGAUGCAUUAACGAAAAGAAUAUCCAGGUUAAGAGAUGUUUACACACAAAAAUCUAGAGACAUUCUAAUUACUAUAUCUCGAUAUUUUGGUUAUUCAAUUGAGUUUUUGCCCAGUACCAUUCGUCCAGAUGAACUAUCAUCGAGAUUAAAGUUGUCCUCCAACUUAAUUCCACGAGAGAAUAACUCGUAUUUGAUUCUCGACAUCGACAACAAGAGUCUUAAGGCGUAUGGGGAUUAUGAAUUCAAGUCACUUUGUGAAGCGUUAGCGAACGAGUGGGUAUCCAAAAACCAAUUCCCUUGCAUGUUGAGCGCGUUGAAUCUUAAGUUAUAUGAAGCUGCAAAACCUACAUAG